AUGUGCUGCGUGGUAAUUGGCGCCGCCGGCAUGCAGGAAGACCACCACAGCACCGGCGGCGGCAGCAACAGCGGCGGCGCGGGCAAUAACGCCGCAGCAGCAGCCGCCGCGGCCGCGGCCGCGGCGGCCGCCGUUUUCCUGCCCGUCUACGAUUUCAGCCGCCGGUAUCAGGCCGCUCUGGACUCGGCCGGUUUGCAUCAUCACCAAAUCCCGGUCAGCCCGUUGGACCUGCGGGGCGGUGGCGGCGGAACUGCGAUCGCCAUGAUGUCCAACUCGACCGCUGCGUCCGCUUCGCCGUCGCCGUGCAGCGUGGGUUCGAACGAGACGACGGACGUGAACGUCGAUUCGGCCGACGACGACGACGAUUACGACGACAUGGCCGCCGCCAGGGCCGCGGCUUCCAACGACAACAACAACGGCGAAGACAAGGCGUCUACGGGCUGCGGCGCCGAAGACGGCAGCGGUGAGAAAACUUCGGGCGCCGGCGGCAACGGAUCACCCGUGAAACCGCCGUACAGUUACAUAGCCCUCAUCACCAUGGCGAUAUUACAAUCGCCGCACAAGAAGCUCACGCUCAGUGGCAUUUGCGAGUUCAUCAUGUCCCGGUUCCCGUACUACCGCGACAAGUUCCCGGCCUGGCAAAACUCGAUCCGACACAACCUGUCCCUCAACGACUGUUUCAUCAAAAUCCCACGGGAACCGGGGAACCCGGGCAAAGGCAACUAUUGGACGCUGGACCCGAUGGCCGAGGACAUGUUCGACAACGGGAGCUUUUUGCGUCGCCGAAAGCGGUACAAACGGAUGCACCAGGCGCCUUCCGACUUUUUCAUCCACCGCGAUCACCAUCCGCACCAUCACCAUCCACACCACCAUCACCAUCCACAUCAUAACCAUCACCACUUCGCCGCGGCCGCCGCGGACCCGUACUCGGUGCUCCACCAUCACCACCACUACCCGUACCACUUGGGCCCGCCGCCGUCGCAUCAGCAGCCGCCGCAGCAACCGGCGUCGCAGCAACCGUCGCAACCGUCGCCGUCGUCGGCGUCCAUGCCGUUGCCCGCGCUGCCCGCCGCCGAUCUGGCCCGCAUAACUUUCGGUUUGAACCUGCUGCACAACGGGCAGGUGGCCGCGGCGGCCGCGGCCGCGGCCGCAGCCGCCGCGUACAAGCCCCAACAGCCCGCGGUGGUGCAACACUGCGCCGCGGCCCAGCAGCAACCGGCGUACGGGACGACGACAUUGACGGGCAGCGGCGGCGUCCGUUUGGCCGUGAAACAGCCGUCCACCGGGUUCAGUAUCGACUCCAUCAUGGGCAAGAAGCCGUCGCCCUCGCCGCAGUCCAACGCCAGCCCCGUCCGUUCCGGCGGUGGCGGCGCGGGCGCCGGAGCCGGCGCGGGCGACGACGACGACGCAGCCGUGGUCACCAGGUCACCGCAGCCGUCGGCCCGGACCAACAACAAUUUCGAUUCCGCCUUCACGCCGCUACAGCAGACCACGUGGGCCAGGUGAUGAUGCGUGUCCGCACGACGAGUCGCCCGGCGUAGUUUUGUCCGCACUACUAGGCCUCCUCGUACAGGAUUCACCGCGCGUCACCGAUGCAGUUUUCUUCCAGCCCGGCACGGCUCCGGUCACCAAAGGUAAUGCGAACAAAUAACUAAUCCAUACACCGUACACACACGUGUAUAACGUUUAAUGCAUGUCUAAGUACGGAACGGCUAAAUAGGAUUUAAUCGGAAAACCCGAUUAAAUGGCAAUUUGAUUGAAUUGCAUUUAACGAACGAACGAAACAAAUACGUUGUUUCGUUAAACCGCCUGUACGUGUUUACGGUCGAUUAUCGUUUGGAUUUGGUUUUCACGUAUAUUUUUUUUUUCUUACACGCGCUUAUCAAUUAUAUUCGAAUCUGGUUACACGCGCGCGCCUCGAUCGCUGCAAACAGCGCGAUCAAGUAUUUCAUUCGGGUACCGUCGGCGGUGCCGAAUCAUCUAAAUAAAAAUGCAGUCCGGCGAAAUAUAUACUCAUGAGGCGCCAACAUCUGUAGACAAGCCGAUUUCGUGGCCGGAAUCGUGGCUAGCGUAGGUUCUUCGCUUAUCCGGCGAAGCGCGCAUUCGGUUCGGCAACCGGACUUUGUGGCGAAUAACGAAGCAGCUAAAUGUCCGAAAGAAGACGGGCCCGGUCUCACCGCAGGUUAUGGCGCCGCCGCAAGUGCCGGUCGGUUUCGAGAACGCCGCUGUAAAAAGUUCUACGAAUGUUCUUAAUUCAACGUUUUCGCGCGUUCACUCGAACGGCCGUUUCCCCACAAUGCUCGUGAAAACCACGGCGAAUUCGUUUAACACGUUAUCGCGAUAAUUCGAAAAUGUCGAGUCGGCCGUUUCCGUCACGAUGUCUACGGUAUUUCCGCGGAUGAUUUCCGUUGCGAUAAUAAUAAUAAUAACGCGCGACGCAGCCGGCGGUGUUGACGAUGUUCUUGGCGCGCAUUGCAGGCGAAUCGCAUAACAAUAAGAACUUCCGACGGUAUUAUAUUUACUUAGCGUGUUCACCACGAGGGCGAAAUUAAUUUCUCCAUUAAGUUUUAGUGUUGUUUAAGUUCGCAUUCCUUUAUACGAAAUACUUUUACGGCGAUGUAAUAGCGCGCACCGAAAGCGAACGGAUACGGCAAUUCAGUUAUUGUCGAAACACCGCCGAUGCGAUAUCAUAGCGCAGCCGGGUAUAAUAAUUAAUUUCGCGGACAAUAAAAAACAAUGAUAACACGAAUUAAAAAAUUAUAAUUACUGUUCUAACGAUCGCGUGUCAUCGCUGUACCACAGACAAUAAUAUUAUAUUCUCCGUACAAAUAUCCCGGUACAUAUUUCAACGUCAAUUCGAAUAAAUUAUAAACGCAAUAUUUUAUACAGGACCUAUAAUUAUUAUUGUGCGCAACAUACCGAGUAUUUUUGCAAAUUUGGUCGGCGAACAGUUUAAAAAAAAUUAUGUUUCGGAAAUUGCAUUACGCCCGACGUUCCGAAACAAUAACGUACAAUCCCGUAAUGUGUAAAUAGGUUUCACAAACAAUUUGUCGGGUAAAAUUAACUUUCGGACUUCGCCCGCGGAUAGUUUUGUAACGUUGAAAUUUUUUAAUAUUAUUUCAUAUUUCGCUCGGUCGCGAGUUCUGUACACACACACACACACUUUAAGCUUUUUUCCAUAUUUCCUUUCUUUUACCCAUUUUCUCAGUGAGCAAUAUGAAAAUAAAUGCUUUUCUUUAUGUAUGGUUUGGUUACUUUAAAAAAAUAAUCAUUUUUUUCAUACCAUAAAUAACGAAACCCAGUCAACAUUGCGAACAUAAAUAAAGACUAUACUUAACAAUUUAAUUUUCUGUAUUUUUUAUUAACUUUAUACUUUUUAUACACUUCGUCCGUGAAGUAUUCGACUGUUUUAUAAAAGCAAAUUUAAUUUAGGUACACUGUUUGCAAACUGUUAUUUGGCGUUACUAAGGCAAUCCUUAACAAUAAAUAAAUAAUAACAUUAUACCUUUAUGUGCGUACCAUAUUUGCCGGUUGUUUAAGAAAUUAUUAAUUAUAUUCUUCGUAAUUAACACGCUGAAUGACCUCUCCGCGAUAAACUCUAUCACAGUGGUACUUAAACUGUGGUCCGCAGCCCUCUGGGGUCCGAGAUUUCAUGCCGGGGGUUCACGGCGGCUCUAUCGGUAAAUAUUGUUUGAUGAUGACAUGAGAUGUUUUGUUAAAAAUGUAUUGGUAGGGGGUCCGCGAUUUCCAAAAGCCUUUCACCGGGGGUCCGCGGGCACAAAAAGUUUAAGAACCGCUUCUCUAUCAUCUAAACAAACCGUACGCCAGUCGGAUAAGUAGUUUCGGAGGAAAACCGUGAAAAAGAUUUCCAUUUACGCUUUUAUAUAUAAAGAAGAUUAUUUAUUAAUUUUUCGAAUAAAUAAUAUAAACAUCGGGCAUUAAAAAUGCCAAAAAAAAACAAAAAAAAAACCUAAUAUUAAAAAUUCUGCGUAUCUGUUAUUGUCAAAACUUGCCGAAUUUGUUUUAACUUUAUUCGAGAAACCGAGUUAAGGUUACAACAUUUCGGGAAAAGAAAUACUUAGGUUCAGUUAAAAGUUCUUUUUUUUUAAAAAUUCAAAUUAUUUUAUUUAGCAUACGUUCUUAAACAUAUUUUGUACUCUAACAUAGUUUUAGUCGGAAAAUAAAUGGCAAACCCGUAUGUAUAGUCACACGGUUAUUUUUACAAAGAACUUCGUAAAUAAUUUUUUAAAACAAACUCUAAUCAGAACAAAAUAAUCAAGUUAAAAGAAAUGACCGAGUUAUUUUCGAAAAUUCUAUUAUUAUUUUUUUACCUAUAGGUCUGUAUAGUAAGUAAAUAUUUACUUAUUAUAACUUAAAACUUUUACCUUUUUGACUAUAGUUACCGUCCAUCAUUGGAAAAUUAUCACUCAAGUUGGUCCUCGAUUAAAACGAAAUAACAAUUUGGUUUGGGGUUUAAGUUUUACAAUGGUGUAUGUGUAUUUUUUUUUUUUUAUAACUGUAAACGAGUUUUCGACCAGAAAAUUGUCUACAACCAUCAACUUUUCAGUGGUCGUUUAAAAUGGUAUUUCAGGUUUAUUUGAGUGAUCUUUGGUUGGAAAUUGCAUUGAUAUCUGAAUGCAGGAAAGAAAACGGCGAAUAUUUUCGCAACUAAGUUUUCGUUUUGUUGUAAUUUAGUGAAAAAUAAUCGUUGAAACGUGCCAAUAAACCAGACGUAGCAUAAUUUUCGAAAUAUCUCGAAAGUUUUUGUGUCAUUUUAAUUGUAUAUUUAUUUGUGUUGAAAUAAUAUUUAAAGUCGAAAAGAAAUAAUAUUUUUAUUGGCUAAAAUAUUUCAAAGUUAUACACCCAAAAUCAGUGUCAUUCCGAAAUGUUUGGAAAGACACUAUCUAAACAAUUAUAUGUCUGUGAAUUAUAGUUGUAAAAUAAUAAAUAUGAUUUUGUUCGUUUAUUAAGAAAAUAUCUGGAAAAUUCGAAACAUUUAAUAGCAUUUUGAAUAAAAACCUUUGUACAGUUGUGGGGUUCUUUGAAAUGGCGGGGAGAGGAAUUUGGAGCAAAAUGACUCGGUUUAGUAAAAUAUGAAUUAACUAUUUAACUAAUGCGCUACACUGCGCAGCAUUGAUUUCGAUUUAAGGAACAGAGAAUAAUAUUUUACAUAGCAAUAUCGUCUGUCGGAGUCAGAUUUAUUAAUCAUUAUCUGACUCCUUCCCAAUCCCCGUUGUCCAAUGAAGCUGAAAUUUCGCGCAAUGUCCAGUAUUGUCCUAGUGACAAUACGACGUGAACAAAUAUUUUUAAAAAUUAGUAAGCCAAUGUUGUAGGUGGGAAAGAUAGGAUAUACGGGGUGAUUUAGGUUAUAUCUAUUCAUUACAAUGAAUCGUUGCAAACGAAAACCAAUCGUAUUGAAGUCCGAUUAAACGUAGAUUUAUACAUUUUGAUUUUAAUUCAGCCGUGUAUUGAUUUGUAUCAAUGAAUUGAAUUACAAUUGUUUUGUGAUUUUUUACGUAUUUCAAAAUAAUAUUAUGUCUGAAAUCGAAACGCUUAUAAAAAUAAAUUACAACAUUAUUAUCCAAAUAAAAUAAAACGUCAAAUAGCUCCGAACAGGCGACUCGAAAAACUCUAGAAUGCCUAUAAAGUGCACUACGAUCAUUUUUGACGAAAUCGCGUAAAAAAGAAAAAAAAAUCCAAAAUAACAGAAACCGUUAUCGCAUAAAGAUUCCCAGUUUCCGAAAGUUCGUAAAUAAUUCUAGUUUCAACAAAACAACUAUAUUUUGCCAAGAUUAUUUACUGAAAGAAAUAACUAGGUAAUAUUAAUUAUCAACUAAGUUAUUUUCAUCAAUACUAUUUUUUUUUUUUUAACUAUCCAAAUUAAAAGUUAUCAAAAAAAAGAUAAAAAGUAUAAUUUAAAUUUAAUUUUUAACUACCUAGUUACUGUUAUAACUUUGGCUAAUCAUAAUCCAACUGGCUCACGAGUUAUACCUUAAGAAAACGAAUUAAUGCAUUCGUUUUAGAUUUUAGUUUUACUAUGACGCAUGUUUUUUUUGUUGUACGUUCGCGCGUGAGCCUGCAAACGAGUUUUCGACAAGAGGACUUGCCCCGAUCUCGUCGAAUUCAGAGGUGGUUUCCGAUGGCGGGCACUUCGGAUCUCGUAGGUACAUUAAAGAGGUCAUGUCGUUUUGGAAAUUCCUUUAAUAUUACCCACGCAUAAUAUUACGGGAGGACAUCGGGAGUUGUAAUUUUUUUGGCAAACGGCGAUUGCUUUUUUUGUUGUGAUUCGGUAAAAAUCAACCGUCAACACUUGCCAACAUUAAAAACGUUCGAAUUUGUUGACUACGGUGUUUGACCAAUAACAGAUUCGAAAAUAUCAUUGGCUUUGACUGUAAUAAAAACCGUUAUUUUAGAGGGUAAAAAAUGGAUUUUUUUUAAAAAAAUAUUAUCGUUAUUUUACACGGUAUUCCAUAAAUAAUUGUUCUAAUGUUUCGGUUUUUUUGUAUUCUUUCAGCUUUACAUAGACACGAGUCCCGUGCACGGUCGACGACAAAUUGAACGAGCCGCGUGGACGCGUGCAAUGCAAUAUUGACGCGAAGGAGAAGCGGACCGGCCGCCCGUGCCAUUUUCUCGUCUGUACAAUAAUUUAUAUAGGUCCGAUAUAUUUUUUCGUUCGAUAAUCCCCUUCUCGUCGGAACAAUAAUUGUUGUGCAUACAGAAACAAACAGAAAAAAAAAAACCCGUAUAAUUUUUAUAAUAAUCAAUACGUCCUAGGAUAUUAUUUUUUAAUAAUAAUUAUUAUCAUUGUCAGUAAUAAUAAUACUAUAAUAACAGUGUACACUCGAAUUGUAUAACAAUAAUAAUAAUAAUAUUAAUUGUUCGAUACAAUAAAAUAUUACGAUUAUAAUUAUUAUUGUUAUUACGGGCACUGUAUUAUGUUUCGUUACAUUAGUAUAUAUAUAUACAUAUAUAUAUAUAUAUAUUAUUGUACAUAACCCAAUAUUUAUUAUAAAUAUGUACACGUAUAUAUUACAUAAUAAAAUACGAUCCUC